AUGGCUUUCAAUUUAUGCGCACCACUUGUUCGAGGUUCUGAAUGUAAAUCAAAAGCCAGAAGUCGUAUCGUACCUACUUGUUUGUGGGGUAGCAUUUUCGCGGAUCGUGGCGCCCUAGACAUCGGACGCAAGGAUAUUGUCGAGAACCGCAUUACAGGCAAACGACCCUUUUCAUGCACUGCAUCGAUCCGAUAUAUGUCGUAUUCAUCCGAUGAAAAAAUAUGGUUAUAA